GCACUUUCUUACUUUUCCUUCUCUCUUUCUCUGUCUCCUAGAAGCUACUUCACUGGGAUCGUCUUCAUCAUUGAUCCAGGUUCAGAGAAAAAAAAAUUCGAGAUUCUGGGAUUGUAUGAUUUGUUGUUGGCUGAUAGAUUACUUAAGCUAUGGUUUGGUUUAGAACUGGUUCUUCUGUGGCAAAGCUUGCCAUAAGAAGGACACUGUCUCAGUCUCAGUGUUGUUCAUUUGCCACUAGAACAAGGGUUUUGCCUUCUCAAACCCGAUGUUUUCACUCUACAAUACUCAAAUCAAAGGCAGAGUCUGCUGCUCCUGUUCCACGUCCUGUCCCACUUUCCAAGCUAACUGAUAGCUUCUUAGAUGGAACAAGCAGUGUGUAUCUCGAGGAGCUACAAAGAGCUUGGGAGGCUGAUCCCAACAGUGUUGAUGAGUCGUGGGAUAACUUUUUUAGGAACUUUGUCGGUCAGGCUGCUACAUCUCCUGGUAUCUCGGGGCAAACCAUUCAAGAAAGCAUGCGUUUGUUGUUACUUGUUAGAGCUUAUCAGGUUAAUGGACACAUGAAGGCCAAGCUUGACCCUUUGGGUCUAGAGAAGAGAGAGAUUCCAGAAGAUCUCACGCCAGGUCUUUAUGGGUUUACUGAGGCUGAUCUUGAUCGGGAAUUCUUUCUGGGUGUAUGGAGGAUGUCGGGUUUUCUCUCUGAGAACCGUCCGGUUCAAACACUGAGGGCUAUACUGUCGAGGCUUGAGCAGGCUUACUGUGGGACUAUAGGGUAUGAGUACAUGCACAUUGCUGAUAGGGAUAAAUGUAACUGGUUGAGAGACAAGAUCGAGACCCCAACACCUCGACAGUACAAUAGUGAGCGUCGGAUGGUUAUUUAUGAUAGGCUUACCUGGAGCACACAGUUUGAGAAUUUCUUGGCUUCUAAGUGGACCACGGCUAAAAGAUUUGGACUCGAAGGUGCUGAGUCUUUGAUUCCAGGCAUGAAGGAGAUGUUCGAUAGGUCUGCAGAUCUCGGGGUAGAGAACAUAGUUAUCGGAAUGCCCCAUAGGGGUCGACUUAAUGUUUUGGGUAAUGUUGUUAGAAAACCUCUACGUCAAAUAUUCAGCGAGUUUAGUGGUGGUACUAGGCCAGUAGAUGAAGUUGGGCUUUACACCGGAACAGGUGAUGUAAAAUACCACUUGGGUACAUCUUAUGAUCGCCCAACUAGAGGAGGCAAACAUCUCCACUUGUCUUUGGUAGCAAAUCCCAGUCACUUGGAAGCAGUAGAUCCUGUUGUGAUGGGUAAAACCAGAGCGAAACAAUAUUACACAAAAGACGAGAACAGAACAAAGAACAUGGGUGUUUUGAUCCAUGGGGAUGGUAGCUUUGCCGGACAAGGUGUGGUAUAUGAAACUCUGCAUCUUAGUGCACUUCCUAACUACUGUACCGGUGGAACAGUGCACAUUGUGGUCAAUAAUCAAGUGGCUUUCACAACCGAUCCCAGGGAAGGAAGGUCUUCACAGUAUUGCACUGAUGUUGCAAAGGCUUUGAGUGCCCCAAUUUUUCAUGUCAAUGCAGAUGACAUUGAAGCAGUAGUGCAUGUUUGUGAGCUUGCUGCUGAGUGGCGCCAGACAUUCCAUUCUGAUGUUGUUGUUGAUUUAGUAUGCUACCGUCGCUUUGGGCAUAACGAGAUAGACGAACCGUCAUUCACGCAACCAAAAAUGUACAAGGUGAUACGCAAUCAUCCCUCGUCGCUUCAAAUCUACCAGGAGAAGCUCUUGCAAUCUGGACAGGUAACAGAAGAAGAUAUUGAUAAGAUUCAAAAGAAAGUAAGCUCUAUCCUAAAUGAAGAAUUUAGGGCAAGUAAAGAUUAUAUUCCACAAAAACGUGACUGGCUGGCAAGUCAUUGGACUGGAUUCAAGUCACCGGAGCAGAUUUCUAGGAUCCGAAACACUGGUGUGAAGCCAGAGAUUUUGAAGAAUGUGGGGAAGGCAAUCUCAACCUUCCCAGAGAACUUCAAGCCACACCGAGGGGUGAAAAGAGUUUAUGAACAACGUGCUCAAAUGAUUGAAUCGGGAGAAGGCAUUGACUGGGGACUUGGAGAAGCUCUUGCUUUUGCUACACUGGUUGUUGAAGGCAACCACGUUCGGCUAAGUGGUCAAGAUGUUGAAAGAGGAACUUUCAGUCACAGACACUCAGUGCUUCAUGAUCAGGAAACUGGCGAGGAGUAUUGUCCCUUAGAUCACCUGACCAUGAACCAAGACCCUGAAAUGUUCACUGUCAGUAACAGCUCUCUUUCAGAAUUUGGUGUUCUCGGUUUCGAACUGGGUUAUUCGAUGGAAAAUCCCAAUUCUCUGGUGUUAUGGGAAGCUCAGUUUGGAGACUUUGCUAACGGCGCACAAGUUAUGUUUGAUCAGUUCAUAAGCAGUGGGGAAGCCAAAUGGCUCCGUCAAACUGGUCUAGUAGUUCUACUUCCUCAUGGAUAUGAUGGUCAGGGUCCUGAACAUUCCAGUGGAAGAUUGGAACGUUUCCUUCAGAUGAGUGAUGACAAUCCUUACGUUAUCCCUGAGAUGGAUCCAACUCUUCGAAAGCAGAUUCAAGAAUGUAAUUGGCAAGUUGUUAAUGUUACUACACCUGCCAACUAUUUCCAUGUUCUGCGUCGGCAGAUACACAGGGACUUCCGCAAGCCCCUUAUAGUAAUGUCUCCCAAAAACUUGCUUCGUCACAAACAGUGUGUAUCUAAUCUCUCGGAAUUCGAUGAUGUUAAAGGACAUCCUGGUUUUGACAAGCAAGGAACUCGAUUUAAACGGUUGAUCAAAGAUCAAAGUGGUCACUCUGAUCUUGAAGAAGGUAUCAGACGUCUAGUCCUCUGCUCUGGGAAGGUCUACUAUGAGCUUGACGAAGAGCGAAAGAAGUCUGAAACAAACGAUGUAGCCAUUUGCAGAGUAGAGCAGCUUUGUCCAUUCCCUUAUGAUCUCAUCCAAAGAGAACUAAAGCGAUAUCCAAAUGCAGAGAUCGUGUGGUGUCAAGAAGAGCCGAUGAACAUGGGAGGAUACCAAUACAUAGCACUAAGGCUUUGCACCGCGAUGAAAGCACUGCAAAGAGGAAACUUCAACGACAUUAAGUACGUUGGUCGUCUUCCAUCAGCAGCUACAGCUACAGGAUUUUACCAGCUUCAUGUUAAGGAGCAGACUGAUCUUGUGAAAAAAGCUCUUCAACCUGACCCCAUCACCCCCGUCCUCCCUUAAAUUGGACAGCUUGAGAGGCUUGAGCCUCUUAUAAAGAAAGACCAACACAAAAAUAAAGAUUCCUGAGAGAAUGAAUCUUUUUGGUUACCAAAUAGUGUCACUGGAAAAUAAACAGAUGUUUGCUAGACUUACAAAUUUAAGUUUAUUCGAUUUGUUUGGUUUGUUGCAAAAUAAAAUUAUAGGAUUUAAUC